AUGGAUAUCAUGAUAAGAGAUCAAAAAAAUAAAGAAAAAAUUGCAGCAUCAAGUGAUCGAAGUAGAAUAAAACAAUCCCCGCAUCAUAAAGAGAAGUUAAAAAAAAGAGGCCGAAAACCUAAAAAUUUACUAUCAGGGAGUAAUCAAGGUUUUCAAUCAAUUUUUAAGAAAAAAGUUGAUUUUGAUAUGACACCAGAAAAAUGGAAUGCUCUUUUUGAUUUUAAACCAGUUGUAUUAACUCAACCUAAAUUGGGUGAUCAUAUUAAAGCAAGAAUUAUUAAUCAUAAAAAUAAAGAAAAUAAAUCAUAA